ACACACACACACACACACACACACACACAGGCCCUCCAAGGAGAAAGUGCUGGACCUUGCCAAGAAGACAAAGGAGAGCGAGAGCGAGCGAGCGUGUGUUUUCAGCGACAGAAAGAGGGGAGCGCAGAUACUGCGGAGCUUUCUUUUUUUUUAAAUUCCACAUUUUUUACGAUUCUCGGAUCAUAAACACUUCAGGAGUUGCUCAUAUAAACAUGCACUUACGAGGAUUUUCUCUUUUACUGGCAUACCUUCUCAACACCACGCUCGGCAGCGCAUUGAGUCACAACGACUAUUAUGAAUACUACGAGCAGGAGCAGCUGGAUGAGCCGGACACUAAAACGCCAGACUUGGAACAGAGUUUGCGUUCAGCCUCCAGUGUAGAUGAGCUGAUGAGUCUCAUCUAUCCUUCAUACUGGGCUGCUGUGAAGUGUAAAUCCAAACUUUCUGCUGCUGCAUCUUCAUCCUCCAAACUCUCCCAGCAGUCACAGGUCCGUCAGCUUAGGCCACUGGGUGAUACAGAAGAGCCAACAUUUGCUGCUGUCUACCUCAACUUGGAUAUCCUGAAAAGUAUAGAGUCAGAAUGGAGGAAGACUCAGUGUUCUCCCAGAGAAGUGUGUAUUGAUGUGGGGAGAGAGUUUGGUGCUCCUACCAACGUCUUCUAUAAGCCACCAUGUGUGUCCGUCUACAGAUGUGGAGGAUGCUGCCACUCUGAGGACAAACAAUGCAGGAAUAUCUCCACUGGUUACCUCAGCAAAAAUGUGUCCAUUAGCCAACAGGACGUGUCCUCUUGGUCAGACCUGGAGCAACAGGCAAUGUAGGUGCAUCAGUAUCACUGCCAGUAUGCAUGUCAAUCCUCUUCCUCCACUAGUGUUCCCUACAAAGCCCUCCCAGCAGCACACUGACAUAUUCUCAGCAGAUUUAUGUGGCCCCAAUAAGAAACUGGACGUGGAAAGUUGUCAGUGUGUGUGCCACCAAACUCAAGACUGUGGUCCUAACCAUCACUUGAAUCGCAAUACCUGCCAGUGUGUUUGCAACUUGCCACCUAGCCUAUCCUGCCCACAGAGCUACGUAUUCAACAAGGAGACCUGUCAGUGCACAUGCAACAAGACAUGCCCGAGACAUCAGCCUCUCAACAAGACAAAGUGCUCCUGUGAAUGCAAUGAGUCGCCAAAUAAGUGCUUCCUGAAAGGAAGGAGGUUCCACCAAGCCACAUGCAGUUGCGUCAGGCCUUCCUGUGAAGUGGGAAGGCGAAGGUGUGAACCAGGUUUCUUCUUCAGCGAUGAAGUAUGUCGCUGUGUUCCAUCCCACUGGAGAAGGCUGGACUAACCUCCAUGCUAUGGGACAUUAACAAGAUUAUAUUAAACUUAAAAAAAAAAAAUAUUUAUCACCCAUUCUCCUCAGAUCUGCUGGUCAUAAGUAUCCCUAUUAGAUGUGGGGGCAGCUAUGUGUGUGGGCCCUAAAAAAUGUGGGGAACCCUUAGUGAUUAGGAUGAAGAUAUGGGAAACUGAUGAGUUGAAGGUAUUAAAUGCACUGAUUUUGAUAUAAAGAUAUUUUUAUGGGAGACUGAUCUGAGAUGAACAUUGGAAGGAAAGACACUUUUUCUAAGAUACUGUCUAAGUAAUUUCUCUUAAAAUAUUUGAGGGGUUUUUGUAUCAAUUAUGUCGCAGUAUUCUUAUGUCAGAUAUUGAUUAUAUAAUUUAUUAAAGGUUAUUUUUCAACUUUCUUGCAAUUUCUGUAUUUUUCAUAAAAAUACACGAUCAGUAUUUUUGUAUCAUAUAAAAUAUAUAUGUGAAAUAAAGUAUACUGAAUGUUAUAUAUUGUUAAUUUAGGUUGUUAUCCAGUCUGUUAUCUCAGCUUUCACAGCAGAACAGAUCACCAGUUUAUUGCUGGGCUAACACAAACAGAUAGACAGCCUUAAAUGUUCAUAGUAACUGGUAAUUUUAAAUUACAUAGCAUGAAUGUCCUAUGGGAGGAUACCCGGAAGAAGUCCACACUGUUCCAGUGAGAACACUCAAACUCCACAAAGAAGAUCUCUGGCAAACCAUAGUGGCAGCGCUGUGUUAUUGUUACAAUGUCUAAACACAGACAUUAUGAUCAAGAACCAUGUUUUUCCAAUUACAAUAGCUGCAGCUAGUGACUCUGAGGAUGCAAGGCAUGUUUGAAAGAUAUUACAUAGAUAUUUUACAGAGAAGUUGUUUGAGCCUUUUACACAGAAAUGAAAUGUAAACUGUAUACUCUGGCAAUGGCAUUUAUUCUGCCUGUAUCUAAUCAACGUACUCUGAGUAGAUCUUGUGUGGAGGAUCACACUUAUCUCUGUCUUUUCUGUUAUUUAGAAAUCCAAAUCCUCUUGAUUCUAUAAAAAAUGAGCAGAGAAAAAGCCAAUUUGCAGGUUCACAGUUUGGGCAGGGAUUGCCUCUGGGGCACGGCUUUCAUUUCAAACUGUCAACAUAUUAGGUCCAAUCGUCUGAAAUGCUCAUUUUACAGAAAAUGAAGGGAAGAACCACUUAUCUCUUCUGCACAAAGUUUUAUACCUGGUCAUCUUUUCUCCCUGCUUUCUAAUUGGAUGUCACAUCCUCUGAGUUGACACCUCACCUAUGAUGACAUCCAAUCACAUCUAAUCACCUGAUUUCCAGCCACACCUUAUAAUCUGACUAUCUGACUUUUCCGCAUGCAUAAUUUAAAACAAAGUUUACAUUUUAAAAAAACUUAAUCACAUUUUCUUCUUUUCUAUGUUUUUCUUAACAUAGAAAAUUCGGUUACAUAUGAACAUUCAGUCACAUAAUAUUAUAUUUUACUUCAUGUUUCAUUAAGCUCAUACAAUUUAUCUUCAAUUAGAUCUAUCCUCAGUUCAUUCUCACUUGAAAAUCAAUUUUUACAUAAUCUCCUUUUAAUCUAGUUAUAUAACAAUACUUUCUUUUACUUGUCUUUGAAACUGAGUUUGUUGAUCACAAUAUGCUCAAUACAAUUUAUUUUAUUAAAAUACAUACAUUUAAAAAGUCAUACAUUGUUUUAGAUUAGUGGCUCCUUGGUGUCGCUCAAUCACCCCGCCCAUCCUUCCAAGGCCGUCUUCACACAGACUCAGUGUGAGGCCUAUCCUAGAGUCAUUACCGUAUUUCUCUUUUUUGUUAUAUCUGUUAAAUCUAUACCUGGUUACCUAGAUUAAGCAACUAAGCAUUAUGAGCAAAAUCACAUUUGAAGUAUUGUUCUAUGUUCAACAAUUGCGACACUUAAUACCAUUUCUCUUGUCUUAUCUUUCAUAUUCUUGCAGCAUUACACAUACACUAAUCUACCUAGGUCAAAGCUGGAUCAUGUCUAUGCACACAAAAUCCAGAAAGAAUACUUUUCAUUACUCAGUUCAUUUUUCAUUUAACUUUUAUUUUAUCUUUGAUUAAAAAUAAAGUAUAAAUUAUUUACUAUUAGCAAAAGAACUUCCAAAAACCCAAGAGUUACAUUUAAAAAAAAAACGCAGACCUCAGUUAGCAUAUUAAAUGUUGAAGUCAAUUCAGUUCAAUUCAAUUUUAUUUAUCCAUCCGUCCAUCCAUCUUCUUCCCCUUAUCCGGGGCUAGGUUCCGGGAGCACCCUAAGCAGAGAAGCCCAGACCUCCAUCUCCCCGGCCACGCAAACGAAGCCUACACAUCAUUGACGACGAAUACCAUUGGGUAUACUGAAUACUCUGCAUCUUGGAGAAGAUAAUAAUGCAAUGCUGGCCUCUUCUAAGUUGCCAGACUAAGUAUUGACUGGACCGGAGUUGAGUGUAAAGAAGCGAAUUUGAACUUGAGAGAACAGACUUAAAGAACUUGUGUUAUUACGUUUUUAUUUGUAUAUAUCCUACCCAUACCUACUUUGUAGUGGCAUUUAAAAAAAUUUUUACAUUUGAUUUGGUUUGGAAUCACCGUUCAUUUUUACCCAGUAAAUGUAGUCCUCUAAGUUGUUUAUUGUGCUCCUGCAUUGCAAAAUAUAGUGAGUGUUACAAACACUGUCAAAGCCUCCAGUUAUUUCCUUGUAAUCUCACACCUUUAAUGCCUACCUCUCGAACCUAAACACUGAUCCAUUCUUUUGUAGCAACACUGUACAACACUGUAGAAGAAAGUUUGAAUAAACUUAAAAAAGCAAAGCAACAAAGGAUUUUUGAGUUCACUCCAGUAAGGGCUAUAAUGUUGUGUCGACUU